AUGGCUUCUAGCUUUUUGGGUCCAAAGAAGAGUGGUGAACGGACGGUUCACAUGCGCCGCCGGCAAUCUCUGCCACGUCGUUUAGGAAUUGGAACAUACCAGGACCAUCACUUAUGGGUUGACGAAGAACCUGUUGAUCCUAAGGGUUAUCUUGAGGAGUCUUGCAAACCAAAGUGUGUGAAACCAUUGCUGGAAUAUCAGUUCAAUUCUUCUACUUCCUGCGUUAAAAGGAUCCAACAUGACGAAUCUGGGCACAAACAUUGCACAAGACAAUAUUUUGAUUAUUGGUCAUGCAUUGACAAAUGUGUAAGUAUCACUUUAUAG